UAAAAUGGCCAGGCAGGUUCGUUCCACCGAUCUUCAGCAUUUAUUAUUUUUCAGUUAGCGUGACAAAUGUGAAAAUUAUUUAAAUACACACUUACCUUUUUUAAUUAUUUUUAUUUAAUUUCUUGACAAAAAAAAUUAUUUUCAUUUUAAAUUUUGUUUCUUUUAUAUGGAAAAAUGAAAAUCAUAUAUAACCAGUCAGAUCCCUUCUCGGGAAUCGUGACAAAUAUAUAUAUAUAUAUAUAUAUUUUUCAACAAACCUGGGAACUCCAAUUCACACUCAUAAACGACCGCGUUUUUACUGUGCUCUCCCUCUUUCUGUGUUCUGCAACCAAACUCUAAAACCACCUUCGGCUUCCUUAUCUCUUCGCAUAAGCUUUCUUUGCGGUUUUAAGGAUUCAAAACCAUGGGGGAAGAGAAAGCCGUACUUUCAUGGCGUAAUAUGCCAAGCCUAAACGCAUCACGUUGCGUUCUCUUUGAUACCACGGACCACCGCGAAGCGCUCUUCAAGAACACGAGGCUUUGCCUCAAUGGUGUUGCCGGAGGUAAAGGUGGUGGUGGAGGCAGUGGCAUUCGUUGUAAUUUCGCCUGCGUUUCGGUGGCAGAAAAGAGAGAGCUCAAAGAGUUCGAGCCCACGCCAUCUCAGCUCUUGAAGCAUCCUUUGGCUAUUCUCGCUCUUGUUCCCAAAGAUGUCUCGCUCUUCGCCGCCGGAGCUAUUGCCGGCGCCGCUGCUAAGACCGUCACGGCUCCUCUCGACCGUAUCAAGCUUCUUAUGCAGACUCAUGGGGUGCGAGUUGGUCAAGAAAGUGCUAAGAAGGCAAUUGGCUUCGUUGAGGCAAUAACAAUGAUAGGGAAGGAAGAAGGAAUAAAAGGGUAUUGGAAAGGCAACCUCCCUCAGGUGAUUCGGAUCAUACCUUAUAGUGCCGUGCAGCUUUUUGCAUAUGAAACCUACAAGAAAUUGUUUAGGGGACAAGAUGGAGAGUUAUCUGUGAUUGGAAGACUUGCGGCAGGUGCGUGUGCAGGCAUGACAUCCACUUUUAUAACAUAUCCACUAGAUGUUCUGAGGUUACGCCUAGCAGUUGAACCAGGAUAUCGUACCAUGUCUGAGGUUGCAUUAACUAUGCUGAGAGAGGAAGGAGUAGCAUCCUUUUACUAUGGUUUAGGACCUUCUCUUAUUGGAAUAGCUCCAUAUAUUGCUGUAAACUUUUGUGUUUUCGACUUAGUGAAGAAGUCUUUGCCGGAGAAGUUAAAUAAGAGAACUGAAGCUUCUCUGGUAACAGCCUUGGUGUCAGCUUCACUAGCCACACUCACAUGCUAUCCUUUGGAUACUGUAAGAAGACAAAUGCAAAUGAGGGGCACACCAUACAAGACUGUUUUGGAUGCCUUUUCAGGAAUUGUGGCUCGUGAUGGAAUUAUAGGUUUAUAUCGGGGAUUUUUGGCCAAUGCUUUGAAGACCCUACCAAAUAGCAGCAUUAGGCUUACCACCUAUGAUAUUGUCAAGCGUCUAAUCCUAACCAGUGAAAAAGAGCUUCAGAUGAUUAAGGAGGAGAAUCGCGAUAAGCAACACCAAACUGCUGGUACCCAAUGAGAAAUUUCGGUGUCAUCUACUGCUUCUAAGCAAAUUGUUCUUUAGGUGAUCAAUCUUCCAUCAAAAAGCUCCAAAUACCAUUAUUUGGGGGAACUUAGUUUUCCACAGGAGUCCCUGCAAUGAGAUUCUUUGAGCUGUCCAUGGGACAAGGUCCCAUGGACUUGUUUUGUAACAAUACUCGUAUUAUAGUUCUAGGUAUUUUGUUUUGGGCACAUGGUAUUAUAGUUCUAGGUAGGCGGCCAAUUUUUUGGGGACUUGGUGGUCCAUCAACAAUCUUGUAUUACAUUUGUGGAAAUUUUGGAAUUGCUUGGUAAGUAUUUUUACUGCCGAGUUAAAGGGUAUCAUAGUUGGUAAUUCGUUCUUGUA